AAAUGUUAUUAAAAUAUUAAAACUAGAGCCAUAAUGUACAACUUUCAUCAGUGAAAAUUAUGAAAUUAUGUUUGUAUAUGCAAUGCAACUUCUCUAAAAUUAAUUUAUUUUAAUAUUAAAAUAUUUAAUUAAAUUUUAUUUUAAAGAACUAUAAAAUAGUUAUUUUCAAAAUAUCUCAAAUAUUUAUUAUCAUCAUUUUUAAUAGAUGUUUAUAAGAAAAACUUCAUUAAAAUACUCAAUGAAAUUUAUGCUAUGAUAUGCUUCAAUAUAAGAUAUUUUCAUUGAAAUAUUUCUUAAAUAGUUUAUAUAUUUGUCUAAAAUUAUAUACUGGAUUGUGUGCAAAACUCUUCUAGCAAUAGUAACAAAAUUUUAUUAUUGUACAAUAUAAUUUAGGAUUUAAAUUUCACAAUUGCACACGUCUUCAACUUGGUAAAAUAUUUUUUUUAUUUUGGUCAAACUUAGUAAAAGCUUUAUAGAUACUUUUGAUUAGGAGAUCAAAUGAUUCAUAACCUGUUUUAUAAUUUGAGGUAGAAAAAGAACCCACGUAGGUAAAUGAUUUAUUUCCUUUUUUCAACCCAAAAAAGAAUUGGGGAAGAAGAAAGUAGUCCAUAUCGGCUGAUUUGGGUCCGAGAAAGACCGGGUCAGAAACAGAGACUUUAACAGAAAGAAAAAAAAAUCCAAACUUUUUUUCCUUUUUUCUUGUCGUGUUAGAUAGGUAUCAACAUUAGUAUAUUUAGAGUUUAUCUUCUUAUAUAAAACUCCAGAGAGCACGGAAAGUAAAGAUUUUCUUUUUAUAUUUUUAGGGUUUUUAUCUUGUUUCUCCCCCCCCCUGACUUACGGAGUUGGUUCUCUUUCCUUUGAAACAAAACAAGAGCCAUGAAGAAGAAGCUCCAAACUCGUUUUCCAGCGACAAGGAUUAAGAAAAUUAUGCAAACUGAUGAAGAUGUCGGGAAAAUAGCAAUGGCUGUCCCUCUUCUUGUCUCUAAAGCUUUGGAGCUGUUUCUACAAGACUUGUGCAAUCACACAUAUGAUGUAACUCUCAGCCGAGGCGCAAAAACACUCAACUCUGUUCAUUUGAAGCAGUGUGUGCACGCGUUUAAUGUCUUUGAUUUUCUAAGAGACAUUGUCAGUAAAGUCCCUGAUUUGGGUGGCUCAGAAGGUGAAGACCGUCCUGCUACCAAAAGAAGGAAACUUGUGGAUGAAAGUAUUAGCAACGAUAAAGAUAUGAAGGUAACUAGCCAGACUGAUUUUGCCAAACAUAGUGGCGGUGGCCGUGGCAGAGGACGUGGACAGGGUGGUGGAAGAAUGGGAAAUGACCAGUCUCUGAAGUUUGAAGAUGAUUCACCCGAAGGAAGCAAGAGCCCAUCUCCUGAAAACUGGAGCCUUUCUCAUGAGGCUGCAACUUGGAAGAAAGCUGCCUCACACAAGGGCAAUCACACAAACACAGAGUUGAAAGUGAGGGACUUUGAUCUAAACGUAGAACUAGAUGAGAACGGAGAGUUUGCUACAUCCCCGGAAAGAGAGCUAGAGGGAAGACCAGGUUGGCCGCUGUUUGAAAUCAAUGAUAUGAAAAUAGAUAGUGAUCAAAGAGAGGUUAGUGCUGAUGAGGAAGAUUAUGAUGAAGAAUGAAGUUUAGGGGUUUGUUUUAAGGUUAGGUGACAUGACUUCAGCUAAGAUUAGAGGAAAACAAGAUAGGAACUAACACACACUAUAUAUAUAAGCAGGUGUUAGUACAUUGGAGGUUGGAAAAAUCUUCAAUAAUAUAUACAAAUUUAUUCAGUCAUUCACUCUUUUACAUUUAUAAUUAUGUGGUUUCAUAUUUUUUUUCUCUUCAA